GGGCAGCCUGCACACUGAGCCCCCAGCCCCAGAGCAAUGAUGCAAAUGAAGCACGUACAGCUGCAUUUUGUUUUGCCAGAAACCAACAUUAAUUGAGCUAAGGGCCGGAGCUAUGCCGGGUACUUCUAAUGAGCGAUAAAAGGGAAUUCCACCGACCCCUGGGCCCCUAGAAUGAAGGGUCGGCUUAGUGCCCAGGACUCCUGGGUUCUCUCCUGGUCACUGCCGAGGUCAAGUUGCUUCCCACAGCACCAUCAGCGCAAGCCGGUGAACCGCCCCCAGUACAAUGUGCCGGGUGGGCUGGGAACUUAGGUGGCAGAGUGUUACUUUCCCACCACCACUAGGGGUCGCUCCGGUGCACUGCCCAGCAGCCCAGGAGCACAAAAAGGCCAAGUUAAAGGGCAAGCAAGCGCCCAAUCCCCUAACUCCGUCUCCCCUCCCCCACUCAGGCUAUUCGAGACCCACCCCGAGUGCAAAGAUGCUUUCUUCCUCUUCCGGGACAUUGAGGACCUGCAGCAGCUCAAGAUGAGCAAGGAGCUGCAAGCCCACGGCCUCAGGGUGAUGUCCUUCAUCGAGAAAAGCGUGGCCCGGCUGGACCAAGAGGACAAGCUGGAACACCUGGCCUUCGAGCUCGGCAGGAAUCACUACAGAUACAGUGCCCCUCCCAAGUACUAUGAGUACGUUGGCGUCCAGUUCAUCAGCGCGGUGCAGCCCAUCCUCAAGGAGCGGUGGACACCGGAGCUGCAGGAGGCAUGGCAGAGUCUGUUCAAGUACCUGACGGCCACGAUGGAGCAGGGGUACUACGCGGAAGAGGAGAAAUCGGGCAGCAGGAAAUCCCUUGCCUUGCGGAAGCCUGGGACUGGAUCCUUCCUGAACAGCAUCUAGGCUGGAGAGCAGACAGGGUAGCUGAGCAGAGCAGGCUUGCUGUGGUAGUCCCAUAGGACCUCUCCCUCCGCCUCCCCCUGUGAACAAGGAACUGCCCUCACCUAUUUCUUUCACGGGCUGUCAGGCCAGCUGAUCCAUGCACAGAGCCUGGAUUUUUACUGUCCCACUGGCUGGAGGCCCCAUAGCUGGAGGCCUCCUCAGGUCUCCGCAGCAGGUAGCGGCAGUAAACAGUCCUUGAACCCCUUCCACUUUGGGCAUAGGCAGUGCAGGGUCAGCCUCCUGGAAGGCAAAAAGCUUCCUGGGGCUGAGAACCAGGCUCGGCUUUAGAGACCAGCAGGAGGGCCUUGAUUGAAAGGUAUGGACUGCUAUCUGCCGGGCCCACCUAGAGCAGCAGGGGAGAAGAGUUUGCAGGGUGGCAAAGUUAAAGGUCACCCCCAAAGGGCAAUGAAAUUGAGAUGGGGAGGCAGCCGCCUCCUGUUUUGCUUCUUUACCAUGGAUCAGGACACCCUGAGAAACCGAACUCAUGGGCAGACCAAUGCUUUCUCGCAAGCUGGUUAAUGGUCUGCUACUGCUGCCGGUGGAGGGAGUGACUCUGUUACCUUGAGUGGCAGAGGCCUGUGCGAGGCAUAAGGCUCAAGAGACAGAGGGAGGGAGCACAAGGAAGCAGGGAGGCGAUGGGAGCUGGCCUUGCGCAGGUCUAAAGUGGGAACCGGGGGAGGCCGUGGCAGUCUGUGAAUAUUGGGGGAGGGGUACGAGAACAGAAGUAGCCCCGCCCUGCGAUUAAAGCGCUCGCAGGGGUUCACUCCCCACCUCUGCUGCGAUCCUGGGCAAGUUCCUCCAUCUUUCUAGGCCUGGGUCCUUCCCAAUCUGUACAGUAAGGGCGGCUUUGUCCUGUCAGACUGCAGGGGCAGGGCCGGGCCCUGAGCUCAGUCUGUGGUGCCUGUACAGCUCGCUUUACAGUAGAGACCCUGACCUUGCAGCCUGCCCUGCAGGACUCUGCGGAGAACUAGCCCUGGUGCUAGUCUAGGGACAAAAACUGCAACAAUUUGAACCCCCCCUCCAAUUCGGAGGCAGCAAAGUACAGAGGAGGGGCUGUUGGGAAUCAGAGACUCACAGAACACGACAACUGGAAGGGACCUCGCAAGCUCAUCAAGUCCAGUCCCCUGCCCCCGUGGCAGGACCAAGCACCAUCUAGACCCUCCUGAUAGAUGUCUGUGUGACCUGCUCUUAAAUCUCUCCAGUGAUGGAGAUUCCACAGCCUCCCU